GGGUGGGGGGUGGUGGUUGGUGGGCGGAGGAGGAGAGGGUAGACUGUAAAAAGGCAAGGCGAUGGGAAGGAAGAAACUGCACAGGAUGCCACAAGGGAAAACAGCAGAGGAAUUCAGUCCAGUUUAGUUUUGUUUAAAAGAGACAACGAAAAUAGAGCACAAAUUCUGAAGGGGACUGGGGACACCGACAGGAGAAAUGAGCGCACAGUGGAUUGUGAGCUUCCCACUCACUCUGACAUUACUUGUGCUGACAGCUUGCUUGCCUGGAAAUUUACUUCGGGGUGAGCCUGGAGCAAGUCACUGUGACCGGAGAACUCUCAUCACGAGCAAGACUCAAUGUCGCUCCUGCACCUUGAACAAGAGGAUCCAAUGUCCAAACGGUUACACUAAGGUUACGAAUAAUACUGGUACCAAGGACUGCAGGUUUUACAUUCCACUCCGGAUUUACUCCUUGGCUGUGUCUGGCUGUCGUCACACGUGUGUGAAGGAGGUUGUAGAUGUUGAGUGCUGUGCUGGUUAUUGGGGACCUGAUUGUAUGGAAUGCCCAGGAGGAGCAGCAUCCCCUUGUAGAAGGAAAGGAGUGUGCAUCGAUGGUAUGGGAGGGACCGGCAUGUGUAAUUGCAUGGAUGGCUUUGCGGGAGUAGCGUGUGAGAAAUGUGCCAAAGAGACCUCAUACGGACCUGACUGUUCUUCUGAGUGUGAAUGUGUUCAUGGAGACUGCAACAGUGGAAUUGCAGGCGAUGGCACAUGCACGUGUUAUUCAGGCUACACAGGAGCUAAGUGUGAUGAGCCCAUACCUGCUUGUCGGGCAUUACAAUGCCCAGAAAAUACAAGAUGUUCUGAAGAAGCAACAACUGGAAAGUUGGUGUGUGAAUGUUUACCUGGUUAUCAUACCCAAGGGAGCACAAAAUGUGAACCCAUUAAUCCUUGUCUUCAGAAUCCCUGUGGCUCCAAUGCUAUAUGCACCUACCUAGGCCCCAACACUUUCACCUGCACCUGCCAAGAGGGUUACCGUGGUGAUGGCCAGGUCUGCCUACCCAUUGAUCCGUGCCAAAACAAUUAUGGGAACUGCCCGACGAACUCGACAGUUUGUCAUUACGACGGCCCUGGAAAGUCUCAUUGUCAAUGUCAGGAAGGCUAUGAGAAUCUGUUGGCUGGAAUAGGAUGUGAACUGACUGAUGUCUGUAAGAGCAACAACACUUGCGAUAAAAAUGCCAACUGUGCCACGGUUGCCCCAGGACAGAUUGAGUGCAGCUGCAAUGAAGGAUAUACAGGAGAUGGCUCUGUCUGCUAUGGAAGUAUCAUGGAGAGAAUCAAGGACCUGAACACUCAGUCUAGAGGCCCAUGGCAAGGACAACUAACAUCAGCCAUGUUGUUUUUCGGUACCGGUUAUGCAAAGCCACUGACCAAUUUGGGUCCUUUUACUUUAUUUCUACCCACCAACAAAGCCUUUAAAGCAGUUGAUUUAAACAGGAUUUUGGCAGACAAGGACAGAACACAGUACCUUGCAAAGCUGCACAUCAUUGCUGGCCAGCUAAGCAUCGCAGAUUUAAACGUCACCGAUUCAUUUUACACAUUGACUGGGAGAUCAGGAGUGACAAUACUAAGAGAGAAGACUAACCAGCUAAAGCUGCGCAUUUAUGGAAACAGCAAAAAAGCACGGAUCCUAACUGGGAAUGUCAUUGCCUCUAAUGGUCUGCUACACAUUAUUGACAAAGUGAUGGAUGGUAUUGAACCCACAGUCAAAAGCAGCAAGGAGAAAAGCCUAUACACAAUAAUUUCAGAAAAUCGAAAGUUCAAGAGGUUCAUGGAAUUACUGCAGAAAUGUGAUCUUGACCAACUCCUCAAGUCCUCUGGCACAUUUACUGUUUUCGUCCCAAGCAGCAGUGCUCUGGAUGGGAUGAAAGAUGGAAGACUGGAUUACUUGCUUUCAGCAGAGGGCAAACAGAAGCUUAAGGAGUUGGUGAAACAUCACAUUAUCCCUGGAACUGAGCUGGAAGUUUCAAGUCUUCUCUCUUCACCCACCAUCCUGAGCUUAGCAAAUCAACGGGUGACAUUGAAUGUGAGCUACAAUGGGCAGAUUUUGCUGGGGGACCAUGGUGCAGCUAUUGAUGACACAGAUAUACUCGGCAAGAAUGGCAGGAUAUACUCUUUGACUGGUGUCCUAGUUCCUCCAUCCAUCGUCCCAAUCCUUCCACACAGAUGUGAUGACAAAACGUAUAGGGUUACUAAGGGUGCCUGUGGAAGUUGUGCUAAAAUUUUUCUCAGCUCUUGUCCAUCCGGAAUGGCUCCAAUGGACACCUUUAGCCAUGGGUGCUUUUACGUGAGCAAUAUGAUUGGAUUGCAACUGCCAACACAAGGCUGCAGCAGAAACUGCAAUGAAACAGUAAUUAUACCAAAAUGCUGCAGAGGGUUCUAUGGUCCAGACUGCAGACAAUGUCCAGGAGGAUUCCAAAAUCCCUGUUCAGGCAAUGGUCAGUGUGUAGAUGGUUUGGAUGGAAAUGGCACAUGUCUUUGCGAUGACAAAUUCACAGGCUCCAAGUGUCAUCUGUGUUCCCACCCUCACAAAUAUGGACCAAACUGUGACCAAACCUGCCGAUGUGUUCAUGGGAAAUGUGACAACAGCGUGACUGGCAACGGAGCCUGUAAGGUUAACUCCUGCACGUCGAGAUACAGUGGUGUCUUCUGUGAGAGACAGACCAUGCCUUGCGGACCCAGUGUUCAGUUCUGCCAUGCCCAUGCCAACUGCGAAUAUAAGAAUGGGACACUCAGCUGUGUUUGCAAGCCAAACUUUGAAGGUGAUGGAUCCUACUGCGAGGAGGCGAGUGUCUGUCGUCAGCCAGAUCGAGGUGGCUGCAAUCGCAAUGCUGAAUGUAUAACUACGGGAACGGGGUCAUAUUUGUGUCGAUGUUUACCCGGAUGGACAGGAAAUGGCGAGGAUUGUACUGAAAUCAAUAACUGCUUGCUGGAAAGUCGAGGAGGAUGUCACAUCGAUGCGAACUGCAUCUACCUGGGGCCAGGCCAGAGUGACUGUGAGUGCAAGAAGGGUUUCCGUGGUAAUGGCAUAGAAUGUGAGCCGAUAAAUCCUUGUUUGGAAUACAAUGGAGGCUGCCAUUAUCUGGCGACUUGCACAUAUACAUCUCCAGGAAUAAGAAGCUGCACUUGUCAGAAAGGAUACGAUGGUAAUGGUAUAAUCUGUUAUGGAAAUGCAGUGAUGGCUCUCUCCCUCAUUCCAGAUGCAGCUGAAUUUCUCAAGUGGGUGAAUGAUGCUUCUCAAAACAAACUGCUUUCAGAAACUGCCAAUAUCACUCUCCUUGUGCCCACUCAGAAGGCAAUUGAUGGCAUGGAUAGUGACAAACGAGCAUUCUGGCUCAAAGCAGAGCAGCUUCCAAACCUGGUGAAAUAUCAUGUGAUACAGGGAGUGUACAGCCUUACAGAGCUUCUGAAUUGUUCAUCUUAUUCCCUGGCAACAAUCACAUCUGGUGUCAGCUUAUCCCUCACCAAAACAAACAAGAACCCUCUAAUUGGAGGAGCGAACAUUCUCAAUCCUGAUAUUGCUUUAACAAAUGGGGUUAUGCACAUUAUUGAUAAGGUUCUCUUACCUGAUCAGCCAAUGAGUGACGCACCAACCAAUCUACUGUUUACUCUGGACCAGAUGCCUGACUAUUCUCAGUUUAGAACUUUUGUAAUUCAACAGAACUUGACAGAGCAGAUUGAGAGCGCCAGCACUUAUACAGUCUAUGCCCCAAACAACGAAGCCAUUGAGAAGUAUCUCAAGGAGAAAUCAGUUGAUGUAAUGGAUGAAGACCUAAUCAGAUACCACAUCAUUUUGGAUCAAAAGCUAAUGAAAAGUGAUAUGCACAAUGGAAUGCAUCGGGAGACAAUGCUUGGAUUUUCCUUCCAAGUCGGCUUCUUUUGCCGAAAUGAUGAGCUUUCUGUGAAUGAUGCACUAGUCAAUUUCACUGAUGUGGAAACAGACAAAGGUGUAAUCCAUGGACUAACAAAGGUUCUGGAGAUCCAAAAAAAUCGCUGUGACACUAAUGAAACGACAGUGACACAGGGGAAGUGUACAAAUUGUCAAUAUAAACCUGAAUGCCCUCCUGGAUACAGGCCUAUGGUGGGAAAAAAGAAGAACUGCAUCUUUGUGCGAUACCUGCUAGGGAAGAGGUUAAUGUAUCUCGGCUGUCAGACAACCUGUGUAAAAACUGUCAUUACUCGAGAGUGCUGUGCUGGCUACUUUGGAAAACAAUGCCAGGCGUGCCCAGGAAGAUCCACAAAUUGGUGCUUUGGGAAUGGUAUUUGCCAAGAUGGAAUUAAUGGCACAGGUACAUGUGAAUGUGAAGAAGGAUUUACCGGGACAGCAUGUGAGACCUGUAUUGAUGGAGAGUAUGGUAUACAUUGCGAUCAAGAAUGUAGGUGUGUUCACGGUAAAUGCAACAAAGGAAUCAAUGGGGAUGGAACUUGCGAAUGUGAUCUGGGAUGGAAAGGAAUCAACUGCGAUGUUCAAAUCACUAAUGACCAGUGCAAUAAAAGCUGCCAUUCAAGUGCUAACUGCAUCUCUGAAAUAUCUAGCAACCCGUACUGUAAAUGUGCAACUGGCUUCAAAGGCAACGGCACAUUCUGUGAAGCUGUGAACGCCUGUGAGACAAACAAUGGAGGUUGCUCGCCAAAUGCAGACUGCAAAAUAACGCUCCCAGGGAAAAGGGAUUGCCUUUGUCGGACAGGAUACACCGGUGAUGGGCUUAUAUGCAUUGGAAUCAACCCUUGCCUGGAGAAUAAUGGAGGAUGUCACACAAAUGCUGAAUGCACUCAAACUGGACCAAACCAGGCAGCAUGCAACUGUUUGACUGGAUAUCAAGGUGAUGGAAAGACCUGUGAACCAGUGAACCCUUGCCGAGUGGACAAUGGAGGUUGCAGUGAAUUUGCUAGUUGCAAUCACACUGGGCCAAAUGAGCGAGUGUGUAGCUGUGUGACGAGUUACGUCGGUGAUGGGUUUACCUGUAAAGGUACCAUAUACAAGGAGAUGACAAGAAACACAGCAUCUUCCCGUUUUUUCUAUCACCUCCAGCUUAAUGGUAUCACUGAACUGGGUGGUUUGGGCCCUUUCACUGUAUUCGUUCCAAGCAAUGAAGCUUUUAAGAAUGAAGCUAAGAUACCAGACUGGACGGCAAAUGGACAAAUGGCACAGAUCCUCCGUUAUCACAUUGUGGCAUGUAAUCAAGUGCUGUACAAUCAGCUAAUCUCCAAGAAAAGUCUCAUCACUGUUCAUGGAGAAACUAUACAGUUUUCCUAUGUAAAGAACACCUUGUAUCUAAACAAAAACGCCAGGAUAAUAAACAGCGAUAUUAUCAAUGCCAACGGUGUGGUCCAUUUCAUCGACAAGCUACUCUCACCUCAAAACAUGCAGAUCAUUCCAAAGGACGGUGGAAGCUACAAAUAUCUGAACCUCACAUCUCUGGCAGCACAGAACGGAUAUUCCAUCUUUAGCAAUCUAUUAGAGGAGACAAAUCUACUGAGUAUGAUUAACGAUCCAAUGCACAGACCAGUCACCCUGUUCUUACCAAAAGACAGUGUCAUGAAAUCCUUAUCAAAAACUCGAAAGAACUUCUUAUAUAAUAAGGACAACAGAAAAGUUCUGAUCGAAUACCUUAAAUUUCAUAUAAUCAGAGAUGCCAAGAUUUUGGCAGCGGCUCUUCCUAAAGUCGACUCAUUGAAGACGCUACAAGGUUCUGACAUCCGUAUAUCAUGUGCUCGACAAAGAAAUAAAGGUGAAUUGUACCUAAACAGAAGGAAUUGUAAGAUUACACAGAGGUACCUGGAGUUUGAUGCUGGCGUGGCUUACGGCAUUGGCUGUCUGAUGACCCCUCAAAAUAUUGGAGCUCGUUGCGAUGACCUGUCAUUAGUUGACAUUUUGGGAGACUGUGGCAGCUGUCUAAACACUCCAGCCUGUCCUUCUGGAAGCCGACCAAAGGCAGAGAAGAAGGAGUGUACCUACCAGAACUUUUUCCAUGCUGAUGUCGAUGGUUGUCAGUAUGAAUGUACCUUUGUGAUCUGGAAACCUAAAUGCUGCAGUAAUUACUUUGGAAAGAAUUGUAAAGCCUGCCCAGGAGGUCCUGAAACCCCCUGCAACUCCCACGGUGUCUGUGACGAUCAAUACACAGGAACUGGUAACUGCUCCUGCUCAGCUGGCUUCAAUGGUACAGCUUGUGAACUCUGCUUGCCUGGACAUUGGGGAUCAGAAUGUACAGCCUGUGAUUGCACUGAAAAUGGAGUCUGUGAUGAUGGAUUCAAUGGCCAAGGAAUAUGUUUCUGCAAUGAAGGAUGGACUGGAGAUCGCUGUGAAACACAACUAGCCAUGAAACCAGUAUGUUCACCUCCUUGCUCUAAAGAUGCAAUCUGCAAGAUCAACAAUACAUGCGAGUGUAAACUGUACUAUGAGGGUGAUGGAAGGACAUGCGACGUUGUUGAUCAGUGUGCCCAGGAUAAUGGCGGCUGUUCAGAUUUUGCCAAGUGCUCUCAAAAUGGAGUGAAAGUCCAAUGCAGAUGUGAGAAGGAAUACUCUGGAGAUGGCUAUACGUGUAUUCCAAAAGACCCGUGUGCAGACGGGGUCAAUGGAGGCUGUCAUGAGCAUGCCAUCUGCACAGUGAUGGGGGCAAAUAGACGGAAAUGUGCAUGCAAGGACAAUUAUAUCGGAGAUGGAACUAAUUGCACUGUAAAACAGCUCCUUGUGAAUCGAUGUGUGCAAGACAAUGGCAAGUGUCACGCAGAUGCCAACUGUGCUGACCUGCAUUACGAAGACAAAACAGUGGGAGUGUUCCAUCUACAAUCUGAGAAGGGACAGUACGAGCUGAACUAUUUAGCAGCACAGAAAUUGUGCAAAGCAGAGGAAGCAGUGUUGGCCACGUACAAUCAGCUAGCCUACGCUCAGCAGGCAGGUUACCAUUUGUGUUCAGCUGGUUGGCUGGAUGGCCAGAGAGUAUCCUAUCCAACCAGUUAUUCCAAUCCAAACUGUGGCUCAGGGCACGUGGGAAUAGUAGACUAUGGACCCCGAGCCAAUAUUAGUGAAACAUGGGAUGCUUACUGCUAUCGAAUGAAAGAUGUACAAUGCACGUGUAAGAAAGGUUAUGUGGGCAAUGGCUAUUCAUGUAAUGGGAACCUGCUGCAAGUUCUAACAAGCGUUGACAAGUUUUCCACCUUCCUUACAAAACUUCUCAAUUAUUCAAACACCACAGAGAAUGGCAGAAGGUUUGUAGAAGUCCUCACAGAUCUGUCAGUCAAAGGCACACUAUUUGUCCCCGUGAACUCUGGAUUCUAUGAAAAUGUGACAUUAUCUGGACGGGAUAUUGAAUAUCACUUUUCUAAUCUCAGUAGCUACAUAUACCACAAAAUGGAGAAUGGAACCCUCAUCCGGAGUACAAUUGGUCACGCCCUGCUCAUAACGACAGCGAGAACUACCCUCCCUCCGAGCCCUGAGUUCAGUCAGCAGAUUGGAAAGUUGGUGAAUGAUCGGCCAAUUGUUGCCUGGGACAUCGUUGCAUCAAACGGAAUCAUUCAUGCUAUUGAUAAGCCUUUGCAAGCACCCCUUGAACCAGUUAAACCUCAUGCUGUUCACACAGGAGCAGGAGUGGGAAUUUUCUUUGCCUGCACCCUGGUAAUAGCUGCUUUUGCAUUGGCUGUGUAUUGUUACCACAAGCACCGAAGGGGACCCUUCAGCUUCCAGUAUUUCAAGUCUGAAGAAGGAGAAGGUGUGUCCUCAUUUGAUGACUCAGUACCCAACAGGUUCAGCAACCCCAUGUACAACAAGUUCACAAAUUCCACAGACAGCGGCACAGAUCCCUUCUGUGAUGAACAUCACCUGGGAACAAAUAAUGGUGACCAACAAUAGCAAGACUGUCAAAAUUCUGUGUGUACACUGUUACUGAAGAAAUGUUGAACAUUAAACAUUUGGUGGUCAUAA